CAAGAUGAAAACGAAAUUCAAACAAUUCAUCCAAAUCGGGAACAGCUCACGCGGAGGUAUGCGCUGAUACCUGAACAGCCAAGCACCCAACAAGAUGAGUCGGUUCGCGAAGGCUGUUCGGAUAAUGUAAUCAUUGUUCCACAUUUGAAAAUCUUCCCCAACGAUUCGCAACUCUUCAAUCGGGCUAUCAGCUCUGGCGGUGGUCUCUUGGCUGGUUAG